CGACACAAACAUACCAUACACAAAACAGUGCGGUACGCGAACAACGAUGCAGGUGAUGUUUCAAAAAUCGGUGCAAUUGCUUUCUUCUUGCGGCGUCGCAAGUGGGGGGAAAAGAAUGUCGGCGAUGACGAAGAGAAGAAGCGGGAUUUUUUUUCGAACACCCCGAGAUUGUCUCGGUCGAAUGAAAUCCAUGACAAUAAGAUCGAACACGGGAACAGCAUCCCAGAGAAACUUUCCGAUGACCCGCAUUCCCGUAUCAAGGAACCAGACGAAACCACCACCACAGAUUCUUCGACGACCGGCAAACUCAAACGCCAGCAGAAACCGACACCUCAAACGCACCGCGGAUGGUGCCCGCCGAAGCAAGGCCACCGAUGCUUCCGUCAUCGUUGACAAGAGGACCCUGCGCUGGGUGGCCUUUACAACGAGCUUGCCCUUCGUUGGAUUCGGCUUUAUGGACAACUUCAUUCUGAUCAUAGCCGGGGACUAUAUCGACGCUAGUCUGGGCGUCACCCUCGGAAUCAGCACCAUGUGCGCGGCCGCCAUCGGGAACAUUGUCUCGGACGUUGCCGGAAUCGGCUGCGCGGCCUCGAUCGAGAACUUUUGCGCGACGACCCUCAACCUGCCGGUUCCGGAACUGUCGCAUGCCCAGAGGCAGCUCCGGUCGGUCCGUUUUGCCUCCCAGGGUGGGAUGGCGAUCGGGAUGACCAUUGGCUGUGUCCUGGGGAUGGUCCCGCUCCUCUUUAUCGAUUCCACCAAAGCGGACAGGCUCAAGAAAAAGGCUCGCCUGGAGCGGCUCUGCCUGGAUGUCGUGAACGAGGCCAAAUCGCUGGUGGGAGCCGAAUCUACGUGUUUGUAUCUGCGCGUCGACGAAGAAACAAAAAAUAGCAAAAAGAGUGCGAGCGACGGGAUCCUCCCGGGGUUCAAGCCGUCGGUCGAGGGAGAUUAUCUGUACGCCAAGUACUACGUCGAGCCUCCGAAAGGUGAGAGCAGCGCUUCUUCCAGCGCGGGAAGAACCUCCCCUACGAAGGCCCUUAUUCGCAUGGUGAGCAACGGUAUCCGGGCGACGCCCCAUAAAGGAAGUUCCGAGGCCGGAGAUGCGCCUGAGUCAAAUCAACAAGCUUCGAGAGAGUCGUCGUUCCCCACCGUUCCCCACCCGGUCUCGUCCUCCCGCAUCAUCCCCGUCGGAAAAGGCAUCAUUUCUCGCGCCGUUCUGACGGGAACGACCUGGAACAUUUCCGGAAAUCUAAUGGAUGAGCCCGACUUUUACCCUCUGAGCAUCGAGACCGGAACGAUCGACGCGGCCGAUGUGCGCUGCAACACGGCGGAGGGGGACCACCGGUUUCGGGACUGCGCCGUCGUUCCCAUUCGGGACGCCAAGGGCAACGUAAUUGCCGUCCUACAAGCCUUGAACAAGCAGCGAUGUGCUUCUUCAACUGAAAUGAACAGCAGUGCUGGAGGUGGUUUUACCGACCAGGACGUCGAAAUCCUCAAGAGUCUCGCGAGCCACGUAAGCGUGACCCUCCAGAGGAUAUUGCUCGAGCGAGAGGGAGAAGACGACGACCUGGGCCUGAAGGACACGAUCCGAAUCCUGAAGGAGGGCAAGGGCACCCAGAACUCCAAUACCCCGCGAUGGGAGACAUCGGCCACGACCACAACCAACAAUAGUAGUCCGCGAAGCGAGGAACACGAGGGCAGCAGCCGCGGCAACCAGAAUACCACCGCUAACACGAUACCAGCCACGGGCAGGACGACGAAUUCCAAGCUCUUUCCGGAACCGUGAUGAGGACCAAUGAUGGUACCGUGCGGUUUGGGCACCGAUAGGCACCUCGGCACCAACCCCUUAGAGUAUCGUAUCGUAGGUAAUCAUAAGAACAUGAAGGAUAGAGUAUUCAUCAAUGCUUCUUGCUAUUGAUCUCUUUCUCCCUAGCCACUCUACUCAGAAUAGAUAUGCUUUGUUUUC